UCUUCGUUCGAUUUUCAUUCGCGAGGCGCGUGCAUUAGGAAAAGGGAGCGCGUGAGUGAGCUCGAGCUCUGUGGCGGUGGUUGGAAGUGUGUGUGUGUUGAGCCAUCUCUCGCAGUUUAUAUUGUGGAGAAGCGCGACACACGCUUUAUUCGCACUUCCACAGCUAAGGCAGAAACACGUUUUUUCUCCCCGCGGAGAGACUUAGGGAAAGAUAAACACAUAUUCAGAAGCUACAAAUUCAGUCUGCGACAAACCAUGUCGGCCUCGGCGGCGAAAGUGAGUCGAAAGGAGCUGAACUCAAACCAUGACGGAGCGGACGAAACCUCCGAAAAAGAGCAACAGGAAGCCAUCGAACACAUCGACGAAGUACAGAAUGAAAUCGACAGAUUGAACGAGCAGGCCAGCGAGGAGAUUUUAAAAGUAGAACAGAAAUACAACAAGUUACGCCAGCCCUUCUUUCAGAAGCGGUCGGAACUGAUCGCCAAAAUACCCAAUUUCUGGGUCACAACAUUCGUCAAUCACCCACAGGUCUCUGCUCUUCUCGGCGAGGAAGAUGAAGAAGCUCUUCAUUACUUGACCAGAGUGGAGGUGACAGAGUUUGAAGACAUCAAGUCGGGUUACAGAAUAGAUUUUUACUUCGACGAAAACCCAUACUUCGAAAACAAAGUUUUAUCCAAAGAGUUCCACCUGAAUGAAAGCGGAGAUCCUUCUUCCAAGUCUACAGAGAUCAAAUGGAAAGCGGGAAAGGACCUGACGAAGCGUGCGGGUCAGACGCAGAACAAGGCGGGGAAGAAGAGGCAACACGAGGAGCCCGAGAGCUUCUUCACCUGGUUCACCGACCACUCCGACGCCGGCGCUGACGAGCUGGGGGAGGUCAUCAAGGACGACAUCUGGCCCAAUCCCCUGCAGUACUACCUGGUCCCGGACAUGGAAGACGAGGAAGGGGAGGGCGAGGACGACGACGACGACGACGAAGAGGAGGAAGGUCUGGAGGAUAUUGACGAAGAGGGCGAUGAGGAUGACGGAGAGGAGGAUGAAGAGGAUGAUGAUGGGGAGGAAGGGGAGGAUGACGGCGAGGAUGAUUAAACGCCCAGAAAAGGACACAUUUCCACCCCCUUUCUUCCCCCUUUUCCCCCCUUUUAAUUAUCUUCUAAUCCUUGGGAGCAAAGAUGCUUUGUUGGGUUUUUUUUUUUAUGAAUUUUUUUUUUGUCUCCUUGUUCUGCCCAAGCAUUUUCCUGUCCUCUUGCCAUGUCUAACACGAGCAUUUCUCCUGGACAGACUCUGCAUCGGAAAACUAGUGGCAAUCUCUUCAAGUCCCGCGUAUCAUCUCCAUCAAGACCAAUAAUAAUAAUAAUAAUAAUAAUAAAGAUUUAAAAUUCUGCACGCUGUCUUUAUGUAGACUAUAAAGAAAAAUAAACUUAAGGAAAAAAAAAAAUCGGUUUAUAUAAAUUUUUUUUCUUCCUGUUUAAGGUUGCGAGUUAAUAGAAAAAGCAAAGCCAUGGUGCAGUGAUUACUGGCUAGUUCUAGCAUCCUUCUUCCACUUUCUUGUUUGUUUUUUUGUUUUUUGUUUUCUUGUAUUUUAAUUUUCAGUGCAGAAUUGACCCUUGGAGUUGACACUGGUUUUCUUAUGUAAUCGAUUGGAUAAACCAGAGGAGCCAGCUUUCCCCUCUUCCAUUUUCCUGUUCCUCUUGUAAUAUUGUUUUGGGGUUAAUAUUGAGGUAGGGUGGGGCGGAAUUUGUUGGGAGGAGAAUGGGGAGGGAUUUUGGGCUUUUUUUUUUUUUUUUUCUCCCCAACAUCAACAUCAGGGGGGUUAUGUUCAUUGAUUUGCAUUUUCAUUGUAAUGUUUUACAGACAUCCAUGAGGUUUGAAAUGACAUUUUUAAUAAAGAAAAAGAAAACUUCAAAAAAAAAAAAAAAAAAAUCUUGUAAUUUUGAGCCCAGCUGCUUCAUGGGAUAUUUAAAUAAUUAAAAUGAGCCUGUAGAGACAUACAUGGAAUCUACAUCUAAUCUUUGUUUGCCCUUUUUUCCACUGGAAAGAACCUGCUCACGUAAGGCAUUCAAGUGUACAAGUUGCUUUGUUACAAUAAAAUUAAAUGUGUACACAA